UUUUUCCUCACCAGAGGGUAGACUUUGUAUAUAUUAUAUUAAUAAAACUAUAGACAUAUAAAAAUAAUAAUUGUCAACAUCAAUAAUGCCCAAGCCUAAGUCACAUUGUAGUUUAUAUUUUGGCUUAUUCUUUAUCUGCUCCAGUAAAUUCAUGUUAUUUAUUUGUUAAAUAUUUAUUAAUACAAUGGAAGUAACACGUACAAAUUUUCAACAAGUUUUAAGUGAGCUUGAUCUAGUACUGAAAGAUGCAACAUUUUUAGCAAUUGAUGGAGAAUUUACAGGAUUAAAUUCAGGACCUGACGCAAAACCAUUUGAUACUCCAUCACAAUAUUAUAAAAAAUUGAAAUCCGGUUCAAUGGAUUUUUUGCUUGUACAAUUUGGUCUUUCAGUUUUUACAUUUGAUGCACAGACAAAUCAGUAUAGUCAAAGGUCUUAUAACUUUUAUGUAUUUCCAAGACCAUUAAAUAGACUGGCACCAGAUUCUCGAUUUAUGUGUCAAGCAUCAUCAAUUAUAUUUUUAGCAUCUCAGGGAUUUGAUUUUAAUAAAUUAUUUAGAGAGGGUAUACCUUAUUUGACAACAAGUGAUGAAGAUAAAUUGAAAAAUAAAUUGAGUGAGAGACAGAAAGCCAGAGAAGAUGGUUUAGAAUUGAUACCUAUUUCAGAUGAUGACAAACCUCAAAUCGAGGAGAUUUGUACAAAAAUACAAGACUUUGUAAAUUCUUGUGAGGAAGAAAUAACGCUAAAUAGAUGUAAUGCUUAUAUUAGAAGAAUUAUACAUCAAGAAGUACGACUUCGAUGGCCUAAUAAGAUCAGAGUUGAGGGUAAAGUUGAUGGUACAACACAGAGUUUGAUUGUAUAUAAAAUGGGUAGUAAAGAAGAAGAGAAAAAAAAAGAGAAUGAGAGACGUGAAAAAGAAAAAGAUGAAUUACAAGAAGCAGUUGGACUAAGUCUGCUUUUGAGGAAAAUUGCUGAUUCGAAUAAAUUGAUAGUUGGACAUAAUAUGCUUUUAGAUCUUUGUCAUAUAGUCCAUCAAUUUUUCGGUCCACUACCUGAUUCUUACAAAGAAUUUAAAUUAUUAAUUCACAAUUUAUUUCCCAAUCUAAUGGAUACUAAGGUACUCUCACAGGCACCUCAUUUUAAAGAUCAUAUUCCCUCAACUGUAUUGAAUUAUAUGCUAGAGAGUAUAAGUAAACCACCAUUUUCGUUACCUCAAAUAAUUCCUGUGGAAAAUACAAGUUAUAGUACCACUAGUGAAACAUAUCAUGAAGCUGGUUUUGAUGCAUAUAUUACUGGACUUUGUUUUAUUGCAAUGGCCAAUUAUCUUGGAUCAUUAGAACCAACGCCAGUUUCAACGGUGCUUCCUGGUUCAGAUUUAUUGUUACCUUUUAUCAACAAAUUGACCAUGCUCAGAUUAAAAGAUUUUUCUUACAUAAAUCUUGUUGGAAAUGACCCUCAACCAACUAGGAACCAUGUCUUUCAUGUGAUAUUUCCAAAAGAGUGGAAAACAAGUAAUUUACAACAACUUUUUGCUCCAUUCGGAGGUGCUUAUAUAUCAUGGUUAACAGAUACAACGGCCUAUGCAGGAUUAAAUUGUCGUGAAAAAGUCCCGAUGUUACUUAAAAAAUUAAAGAAAAAAAAAAAUCGUUUGGGAGGUGCUCAGAUCAGCACUUAUGCACAUCAUCAAGAGCUACUUGAUUUGCCAUUGUCACCAAAGAAUGUAGAAGAAGAAAAAGGAGAAAAAGGAGAUCGUAAACGAAAGCAACCACCGACUGACUAAUAAUGAUUGUAGGGUUAUUAAGGAUGGCAAUAAAAAGAGACAUAUGCUAAAGGUGUGGUGUGGUGUAGUGUGGUAUGGUGUAGUGGCUAAGACUUUCAUGCAUAAUAUCGGGAUAGUAAAGAGCCAACUUGGAUAUAAAGAAAGAGAGAACGAGAGAAAAAGAGAAAACGAGAUAAAGAGAAAGAGAGAAAAAAGCGGUGAUGCUGAUGCUGAUUCUGAUGCUUCUGCUGUAACCCGCAUCUCGGCUACGCCCUCGGGAUCGCGCGUAAUGAGUUCUACACGCUUUUAAUAUUUUUCCCUUUCUCUUUCUCGAUUUAAUAUUUUAUAAUUUUUAAUUUUUAAUUUUUUACCGUUGUUUGCCUGUUUAUAAUCUGAUACAGGUAGACACUUACCGACUAUGGCGCCCUACCGUAAUCAACGCUGAGUUUUAAAACUUACUUAAUUGUUAAAACUCUCAAUCAAACGAUAUUAAUAAUACAAACAAAGAUAGAGAAUACUCAAAAAAAGAGAGAUAAAAUGUUAUUGUAGUAUUAUAUAUUUUUUAUAAAUUUAUAAAAAUUCACCAAUCAUCAAUUGAAACUAACACACUUUUAUAUUUUAUUAUGUUCAUUCAAUUAAUGAUAUUAUUGUAAUUAUUAUUAUUAUUAUUAAGAUAAAAUAUUUAUUAUUAUACAAAGGCAAGGAUAAACAUUCAACACUUGAAAAUUACAAUGGAUUAUCACUAUAUAUAGCUGUAUAGUUGUAGUAUAAAAAAGAAAUUUAUAUUUGUAUAUAAUUACAAGAUACAAGACACCACGUAGGCGCCUCAUUAACUCUUAAUUCUCAAUACUUUGUUUUUAUUUUAUCAGGGUGAGUGCAUGAUCCUUUAUCUAAUGGUAAGCAACACACAAACCACCACGUACUUGUCACGUACUUGCUCGUUAACGAAAAGUAACGCCUAGACACUCCAGACACUUGAGACACUCUGGUAGACAACUAUUACAAAGACAAUAACAUUAAUUGCAUUUCCAUCAGUGAAACUUUAAUAAGAACUACUCGUUAAAAACAACUACACGAAUUAAUUUCAAGUGGAUAUAUACUUUUAUUUAUUUUUAAAAAAUAUAAAAUUUCCGAAAUACUCAUUACAGUAUAAGUAUAAGAAAUUAUAGGAGAGGAAUAUAAAAGGAAUAUGAGAGGAGUGACUGGUACAGAGGCAAUGGCUUCUGGCUACCCGCUGCUUAUUUUCUCUUUACCUCUCGUCGUUUCCACCUACUCCAUUCGCUUCGCGUCCUGCUCAAAGAUGUUAAAAAAAUUUUUGCUAAUUUACCGUUCACCUUCGCACUCGUGUACAUGCUCCAUGCAAACAUGAAAACCUCCUGUAAAUAACUCGAGAGGAAACAACAGAAAUUAACUAGAUUUUUUUUUAUUUUAUAUUUUGUUGUUGUUGACAUUAGGAAGGAAUAAAAUUAAUGAUUAUUCAG